AUGAGGUCCGCUUGGCACAUCUUCCUGCUGCUGGCAUUGCCUCGCUUUGGGCUGGCCCAGACCUGUGUUGUGGACACCAUCCCCGUGAAGGCUGACUUCGACCCCAAGAGGUAUGCAGGGAAGUGGUAUGCACUGGCCAAGAAGGAUCCGGAAGGCCUCUUCCUUCAGGACAACAUCUCUGCAGAGUACACCAUUGGGAUGGAUGGCACCAUGACAGCCUCCUCCCAGGGGCGUGUGAAGCUUUUUGGGUACUGGAUGAUCUGUGCAGACAUGGCAGCGCAGUACACAGUCCCUGACCCAACCACCCCAGCAAAGAUGUACAUGGCUUACCAGGGGCUGGCCAGCUACCUGUCCAGUGGAGGAGAUGACUACUGGGUGGUAGACACAGACUACAACCACUACGCACUGACCUAUGCCUGCCGGGUUUUGAGGGAGGAUGGGACAUGUGCCGAUGGCUACUCCAUUGUCUUCUCCCGAAGUCCUCGGGGCCUCCCCCCUGCUAUCCAGCGGAUCAUACGCCAGAAGCAGGAAGAGAUCUGCUUGUCUGGACAGUUCAAGCCGGUGCUUCAGACAGCUGCCCUAGGCUCUGAGCAGAUGGCAGCCAUCUCUCCAGAUAGCUUCCUGUUGCUCAGCUCUAACUGUGGAUUCUCCUCUGCUCCUGCCCUCUGGGCACUGCCCUCAGGUUUUGGGAGCAGUGUUGUUGGUGCUGUCACCUUCACUUAG